AUGUCUGGAUUACUAUUGAGUUUUACAGGAUGUUCGGUUUUUAUGGUAGUGGCAGUUUUAAGUUAUUAUAUGUAUUGUUUGGAUAAGAAAAGAAUUUCGGAUCCGUGUUAUAAAUCUAAAGUGGAAGCAAAUCGAAAUAUGAAAAAACAACAAGAAGCCAUCAAAUUAAAACAUAGGAUGUUGAUAUUCCCUAAAUCAAAUGAUAUGAAAGAUAUUAAACGAUUUGUUUUUCAAGAAGUAAAUCAAAAAAUGUUAGUUUAUUAAAUAAAAUAUUAAAUAUUUAUUUUUUAUAGAUUGACAAAGCCGAAGAAUGUAUGUUACGUGAAAACUAUGAUAAAGCAGUCGAACAUUUUGCAAAUGGAUUGAGUUUGAUAGAAGACAACGGCAAACUUCUCAACAAUUUAGGUGAAACAUUGCCAUCAAAAAUGUUUGGGGAAAUAGAAAAACAAAUACAAGAAAUUAAAAAAAUGUUACCAAUUAUAAACUCAUAA